AUGCUUACUCGAGCUUGUAGCAGCGUUCGGCAGCAGGUGGUCAGCGUCACUGAGCUUCCACCAAUCGGUCCUGAUGGCCACAGAGCGGAUGUAUCGUCAGCCAACGAGUUCAGCAAGAAUGAUUGGGGUGCUCACCCUUUGUUCGUACGUGAUCAACUACAGCCUCUUUCUCGUGCCGUUUCCGAUGCAGCACUGUCAACCGGGACCGCUCUGUCAUCUACGCUGACGACCUACCAGGUCAGAAGAGGGGCAAGUCGAGUCGUCAGGGCAAGCUUUUCUGCAUCUGCACAGUCGCACCUCCUCGGCAAUCACUUUCCGAGCGGCCGACAGACCCGUCAGGUCUCCCACAGCAGCACAAGACCGGAUCGUCGGCUAGCCUGGGCAGGAAGAGCAGCAACACUCGUCACAGUCGCCUCUGUUGCCACUUAUACCUUUGAUCCUACUUCGGCCCGACAGAUCCACAGCGAUAUGGCACCUACGACAACGCGACAGCCAUCAGAGGAUGCGCACAAGUCCAAUGGCACCAAUGGCACCAACGGCACUGUUGAUCAUGCUGCCAUCACUGCCGAUCAGAAAUCUCAUUCCAAAGUGGUCAUCAUCGGCAGUGGCCCGGCAGGUCAUACAGCAGCUAUCUACCUCGCUCGUGCGAACCUCGAGCCCGUCAUGUUCGAGGGCAUGCUCGCCAACGGAUUCGCUCCAGGCGGUCAACUCACCACUACAACCGACGUCGAGAACUUCCCGGGCUUUCCAGAGGGCAUAAGAGGACCAGAGAUGAUGGACCUCUUCAGGGAACAGUCCCUCCGAUUCGGUACAACGAUCCACACAGAGACCAUUUCAAAGAUUGAUCUCAAGUCGCGACCCUUCAAAUAUUGGCGAGAGGGUGCCGAGCAAUUAGAGCCAGAGACCGCAGACACUGUCAUCAUCGCCACGGGAGCUUCUGCACGUCGGCUCAACCUCAAAGGCGAAGAGACUUAUUGGCAGUCGGGCAUUUCGGCCUGCGCAGUCUGUGAUGGCGCUGUACCAAUCUUCAGGAACAAGCCACUGGCUGUCAUUGGUGGUGGCGAUUCUGCCUGCGAGGAAGCCAUCUAUCUCACAAAGUACGGUUCGCACGUCUACGUCAUCGUAAGGCGAGACCAGCUGCGAGCAUCCAAAGUCAUGGCGAAACGUCUGACCACACAUCCCAAAGUGACGGUCAUGUGGAACUCCGAGCCGCUCGAAGCCAAAGGCGACGGCGAUCUUCUGCAAGCCAUCACUGUCAAGAACAAGAAAUCCGGUGAGACAAAGGACCUGCCCGUCAACGGUCUCUUCUAUGCCAUCGGUCAUGACCCAGCGACCAAUCUCGUCCGAGAUCAACUCGACGUAGACGCGGACGGCUACAUCAUCACCAAGCCAGGCACGGCAGAAACGAGCAUCAAGGGCGUCUUUGCUGCUGGCGAUGUGCAAGACAAGCAGUUCAGGCAGGCUAUCACAAGUGCUGGCACGGGCUGCAUUGCUGCUCUGCAAGCCGAGCGAUACUUGAGCGAGCACGAAGUACCAGACUCGACGGGCGAACCUCAUGUGCCUUCCAAUCACUACCUCGGCGGCGACAAGGUGUAG